AUGGCCGCGCACACCAUCAGUUCCUUCGGAUGUUUCGUAUUUGGAAACUUCUUUGGAUCUCACGCAACAUAUGCGCUCAGUACCUGCCUCAUUGUCUGCAUUCUUCUUAUCAUUCGGCGGUCUCGUCUUCGAACUCCGGCCUCCGACACAGAAAAUUGUACUUCGUACUCAAUCAUCAACAAGCAGAGCCUUGAAAAACAAGAUCUGCAUCUCAAGAACUCAAAUAUUCCAUACCAACAAGCCCCCGUUAUUGAGUUUCUGGAUUCCUUUGCCGAUAUUGAAUGCCUCAAACCUCCUUUUUUGACAAGUGGGGUUUUAGCGGCAAAGGCAGAUGUUGAAAGAGCAGAGCGGGCAGCUUACGGAAAGAAGGAACAGAUGAUGGAGGUAGUGGGGGAACCUCGAGAUCUGCAGGUUAGGUCCAGCUGUGUUUUCGAGGAUCAGCAAGCUCCAUGGAGAAGACAUUCAUAUCCACUUGCUCAGGGCCAGAGCGGACCAUUACACGACAAUUCAAAGCACGACGAGACGGAACAUUUCUGUGAUGACCAUGAUGCGGGUAUCAUUUGGCGGCGGAGAACUAUGAUCUUCCAGGAGAAGGUUUGA